AUGCUCUCCAAUAAACUGGCCAUUGCUAGUCUAUCACUAGGACAACAUACUUCUCAUUCCCUCGACCACAAGAUCCGUGCAGCUGCUGCAGCCAAAUAUCAAGGCAUCGAAAUCGUCUACUAUGAACUUGAAGCUUUCUCUAAAGCUCAAAGCAUCCCAAUUAUCCAAGGCGCUGAGCAGGUUCGAGUACUAUGCCAAAAAGUCAAUCUGGAGAUAAUUUCCUUAGCACCCUUUGAGAAUUAUGAAGGAGACCAAUCUCCUCUCAGUGACCGAUUGCAAAAAGCGACCCAUUGGAUCGAGGUUGCCAGAAUUCUCCAGGCGCCGUAUUUGCAGAUUCCCUCGAAUUUCAAAGCCAACGCCAUUGGCGAUAGAGACGUGGUUAUUAGUGAGCUACGGCAACUGGCUGAUAUCGGCAGCGCCAAACACCCCACAGUCUCAAUCGCUUACGAAUAUCUAUCGUGGGGAACGCACUGUUCUACAUGGGAAACUGCUCUGGAAUAUGUCAACCACGUUGACAGGGCCAAUUUUGGUCUUUGUCUAGACACUUUUCAUGAAGCGACAAAGUUGUGGGGUGACAACUUUGCCCGGUCAGGGAGAUUCGAGGGUUCGGGAAGAGUCCUUAGAAAGUCGCUUGAUCGCUUUGUCGCUAAUUGCCCGGUUGAGAAGAUUUUCUUUCUCCAGUUGUCCGAUGGCGAACGAUUUGAUCCUCCAUUUUCCAAGGACCACCCAUGGUACAUCGAGGGGGAAGCACCGCAGUUUACUUGGUCCAAGCAUGCACGGCCGUUUCCAUUUGAGAGUCAUUAUGGGGCAUAUUUGCCUGUGACUGAAAUUACCAAAGCCUGGAUCGUGGAUGUCGGCUUCAAGGGCUGGGUGUCACUUGAGAUUUUUGAUCGGCGCAUGAAGGAUGAAACAAGUCAAAUAGAGAAAGCUGCGUCUCGCGGCAUCGAUUCAUGGAGAACUCUUCAAAGAGAGCUUGAAUUGGCAUCGAAAGUUCGCACUGUUCUGUAA